AUGCCACAACCGAAAUUCAACUGGCCCUCAUGGUCUUACGGAUUGGCCAUUCUAAGCGGAACCGGUGCUUUGUUCUCCGCGCUCUGCUUCGGUCUGAUGGAUCGUGAAAUGCGACGGGAUUUGCAGGACUGGAUGCUGGACUUUCCCAUGUCUACCAAAGUCAAGCACCGACGUCGUUGGCAAAUGCGACGAAAACACUGGUCCGAGGAUGCCGACGUUCCACCCGUGGUUAAGCCAACCCCUCUGGAGUCAGUGAGAGUUCCAGAAUCGUUGCUGAUGAGUGAAUUCAGCCAGCUCACACCGAGUAACAUUCGUUCGUAUACCGAGUCUGAAUCUGUCAGCAAUUCCCAACUGACUGAAAUCGUAUGUGGAAGCCGAACUCCAACUACUAUUAAUGCACUAUCUUCACAAGGAUCAGAAGUUUAA